AUGGUAAUGUGUUCGACGUUACGAGUGCUUGUGAUGUACUGUUAUUGGUGCAUAUUUAGUAUUAUGGGAGAUCCAGUUAAGUACUACUCUCCUUUAGAAUACAGAAGUGUGCCUGGCGAUAUGCGAACGGAUACAUUAUCGUCUCCGAAUUCAAAUAUUUUUCCGCAUUCGAAUCAUGUGAGUCGGCAACAGAUAAUGCAUACUGGCGCGAUGCAAUCACAGCCAGUGCCAACUGCAGAAAAAGUUCAAUCGAAAAAUUCAGACUUUUCUUUUAACGAAUUUCUCCGUUCGAUGACUAGAGAAUCACCAGAGGAAGAAAAUCAAAAAUUACGAGCAAAGUCUCUCACUGAUUCUUCUCUCAAAGAACACAACUCUUUAUCUAAUCUCGACGGGUAUCCACGGCAAAAUUAUGAUUCCUGGACACCACAACCUUUCCACGAGUCACCAUCGAUAUAUGAGACACCGACAAGCAUCGAGCACCAGACAAGUAAAACAUUACCAAAAUUUAAUUUUCUCGAACCAGUUACAGGAAGGAUGUCAAGUAAAAUGAACGGUUUGAUGGGAUUGGUACUCACUUUACUAGGGUCCGGAUCUGAUAAUUUAGUAAUGAAAGGUUUUAAAGAGGUCAUAAUAGAUGGUAUACUUAAACCAUUAAUGCUCGCGAAGGGCGGACUUAAGGUACUCAUAAGUAAGAUGACGAUUCCUCUUAUCUCUUUAUUGCUAAUAAAUGUAGAGGUUUUAAUUACAAUAUGGUGGUUAUGGGACGACUGUCCUCAGCCUCAACCUUUGCAGCCUUCGUAUCAGUCGCCAUCUAAUUAUAAAUACAACGCUUAUAAUACAACAUACCGU